UGAUGGACCUCUCGGACAAUCCACUCGCCAACAUAUCAAGCGCAACCUUCCUUGGAUUUACAAGCCUGGCGUACAUCGAGCUGCCUCAUCUCGUCGAAUGCCCUGGAGGGAACAAGGCUUGGAAGAGGAUAUAUGUCAACCACAGCAGGAUUUGCCAAGAUCAGCAGAAUGCAUGCAACGAAUCGAGUAACCACUGCCCAAAGGAGGCUGUUUGUCACCCAGAUGGUCCAGGCCUCUUUAAGUGUGACUGCAAGGACACCCAUCAUGGAUACAAGUGCGUUAGAGAGGGAUUCUUCCCGAUGGCGCUGUUCUUCGGCCUGCUUACAGCAGUGACCUUUUUGCUCUCAGCUUUUCUGUGGGCCACUCAGCGGAGAAAGGCAAAAACCCUUUAGUGGCCUGAUUUGCACAUUCCAUGUGCAAGCUUUUGCCACCGCUGGCAAUGGGUCUGCUAAAUGGUGUUGUCAAAUGCAGCGCUUGACAGAGUGCCAUGUGUUCGCAUCCAUUAACGCACUCGGCACUUUUUCGAGGCCACCGUUGAGUUGUAAAUUAUUUGUUGGGUUUAAUUAAUGUGUUGAGUGAGCUUCGUGUGUACAGUUGAAUUGACUUUUGUGCCAAGUGUGGUUGGAGUUCACCUUUUAAUUCAGGUUUGGUCUCAGGGUUUGUAGGUCUCAGAGAUCACGGAGUGCUUAGGACACCCACUGCCUUGAAUGAGGUGGCCUGUAGAUGGCAGUAGAACCAGAAGGUUAUGAACCUCUGAAUAAAUUGAUGAUUGUCAUUUCCUCCUAUAUGUACACUUUUUCGGUGACUAUGGUUUGCUUCAAAACACACAAUUAAAUAAUGAAUUGGACAAACGUUCAAACGGGGCACUCCUGAAAUACUCGGUGAAUUUUUGGUCGAUAUAUCAGAUUGUGUGCGUGUGUAUGUUGACUUCUUUCGCACCGUACUUAGCUAACCGUGCUAAUGGGAGAUGCGAGGUUUCGUGUAUGCUUUCAGAUCUGGGGUGGCAGUGUGUGCGGCCGUAAACAAUUAAUAAGAUGUUUCUGUUGUAAUGAUUAGCACACUGGACUUGCAAUAUAGAGAUCCGACACCUUGAUUCGAUCUUUCGGCUUAGCAGUUGAAAGUAUUUUCUUAAACACGUUUCCUAAAUCCCUUCCCUCCCCGGCUUCUGUCCACCCAGCGGGAUACCACAGUUAGCUGUCCUCUUUGGUUCUUUCAGUAAAGUCACAUAGGUAUAAAAUAAAAUAAAUUAAAUCAUGACGUUUCGGGCGCAUCACAAGCGUCCGUCAUGAGGUGGGACAACCACAGCAAGAAACAAUUACUGUGGUUGUCCCACCUGAUGAUGGACGCUUGUCGUGAUUUAUUUUAUUUUAUACCUACGUGACUUUACCGAAAGAACCAAAGAGUGUAUGAAUCCCUGCAGUCACGAAAAUUUCAAAUCUAGAUCACAGUUAGCUGAUUGGCAGGUAACGUGUGGCAGGGCAAAGGUUGGUGUGCUUCCCACCUCUUCCAAAAUGUUUGACCAGCGUGGAAGAGGAGGUGAAAUUACCACCUCGAAGUGGCUCCCUCCAGUCGAUGCCCUUCUGCCAGCAGUGGCGUAAGCAAGUAAUUUCAGGGCUGCACCUUUACCAUUUUUAUCUGAAUAAUGCUUGAUAACUGGCCACACGUUUUUUUAUUGCAAUUUUAUAUUCUUGUAGAGCACUGAUGUAUCAAUGCACCUAUCACUGUUUAUACUGCACACCGCUGUAGUGUAGUAUACGUGGUUGAAGACAUCAGCUCUGAACCGUUAACAAUUUUAUUGACUACUCAACCACUAUGUAAUGUCUACAUUCCGUUUGUAGGCGAUUCAUAAACUGUGUUGUGAUCA